AUGAAUACAUGUUCUAGAAUAGCAACUUUCUCCAUUAAUGUCCUAUACAUGAAAACAUUUAAGACCAAUGACGUGGUUACCAGCGACUACACCAUUAAUCCUCCCACUACCGCCUUCAAUUACCCCUAUCUACCAUGCCAACUUCGUUUAUAUCCAACCCUUACAUCUGCCCCUAUAUAUCUACCAUCAAACCUUUACAUCUCAACAACAAAACAGAAUCAUCCAUCUUGCUGUUGCUUUACAUUCGUAUGGGCUGGAUGGGAGGGUAGUGCACACGACACCAGAAUCUUCAAUGAAGCCUUACGGAGGCCGGAGCUACUAUUUCCACAUCCAACGGGUGACAAAUAUUACGUUGUUGAUGCCGGAUACCCAAAUACUAAAGGGUAUCUUGCUCCAUACAAAGGUCAAACCAUUCGUUAUCAUAUACCGGAAUUUCAACGUGGACAGAGUAGUGCUAUGCGUGCUCCUCGCGGACCAAAAGAGACAUUUAACUAUCACCACUCGUCAUUGCGGAAUAUCAUUGAACGAACCUUUGGAGUAUGGAAAGCUAGGUGGGCAUUGUUGAGAGAUAUGCAUGUUAAUUACACAUACGAGCACCAAGUAAGUAUUGUGAUAGCAUCGAUGGCGAUCCAUAACUUUGUCAAAAAGUGUGGUAUGUUUGAUGAAGCAUUUAACACAGCCCAACAAGAAUCUUACAAUCCCCGCGGUACUAGUGAUGAACUUCAUGAAGAAGUUCCGUCUACAAAUCGUACGGAUAAUGAUGGUAUGUUAAUGGCAGCGAUAAGAGAUAUGAUUGCUCAAGAUGUAACGGAAUCACGAAGAAGAACAUAGUAUGCCAUUA